CGACAUCCCUCGGCCUCCUAAUCUCAGCAGCUCUAGACUGCACGGCUGGCAACAGCUGAAGACUCUCUUAUUUGCUUUCUGCUUGGACGUAUCUUAGUGCGACGACUUUAAUCACUACUACCAGUCUAUGUCAACGCCGAAGGGCAGCCCGACGCCAUGGUCCUACCUAUUCAUACGUCUUCUGUUUAAGUUUGUCCUCAAGAUCUUCUAUGGCACCAUUGUCGUGGAGAACGCCGACCUGAUUCCCCCGAGGGGCACGCCAUGCAUAGUGUGCGCAAACCACAGUAACUCCCUUACCGAUGCUCUCCUCUUGGUCACGUCCAUACCCUCGAAGAAGCGCAAUCUACUCAGGCUGACGGCGAAGGCGACCCAGUUCGGAAGGAAGAACUUCACGAGCUGGCUUAUUGAGUCCGCGGGCACAGUACCGCUCAUGCGGCGCAAGGAUGCCCCCGACGGCACAGUCGACAACAGCCAUGCCAUGAAAUACCUCGUAGAGGCUCUGGAAAUUGGGGAUGCUGUGUGUUUAUUCCCAGAGGGCAUGAGCCGGUACCAUCCCACUAUUGCUCCCCUCAAAACUGGAGUAUCGCGCUUGGUGUCGGACGUGCUCUCGCGGAACCGCCACAAUCCAGAUUUCGAAAUUGAUGUUCUUACUUGUUCCAUCACUUACAUGCAUCGGCAAAGCUUCCGCUCGGACGUGCUAGUGACCUUCCACCCACCAACGAAGUUCACACCGAAGGACCAUCCAGAGCUCCUGGCACCCGUGAACUAUGACGAGAUUCGGCACCUCACUGCGAAGAUGCACCAACAAAUCAGCUCGGGCACUCUUGAUGCGCCCUCCUGGAGACUGAUCCGAAUCGCCAAACUCGCCGCGCGCAUGUAUGCGCCGCUGGGCACGACGAUGAGUCUGGGUGACUACGUCCGUGUCGUCAGGACGUUCCUCGAAGCGUUCAAGGCGGCCGAACAGCCAAAGGCGGACCCGACCAGCGACGGUGAAUUCCCGUCCGAACAGGUCACGCAAGAGGACAGAAAGAUUCUUCAGCUUGGCAAUGACCUCAAGGAGUAUCAAGACCAGCUUUCUCGGUGGGGUAUCAAGGAUGACCGAAUCCGCCGCCCACUCCCCCGCCCCGUCAUCCUAUACCGGAUAUUCGUCCGACUAAUCUGGUCACUGUUCCUCAUCGCGCUCUCCAUCCCCGGCCUCAUCCUCUGGCUCCCGGUCUACAUCACGACCUUCAUCGCCGUGCACCAGUACAAGCGCACCGGGCCCGUCUGGGACACCUACGACGAGAUCGCGCAGUACAAGCUCACGUACGGCCUCGUCUCCUACGUCUGCGUGUACCUCGUCGCGCUGCUCGCCACGCUCCCCGUCGCGCUCCUCACCGCCGUGCUCGUCCCCGCGGGCAUGUGGAUGAGCCUGCGCUGGACGGAGGACGCGGUGGCCGCAUUCCGCGCGUUCAUGGCGCUCUCGCGGCUGCUGCGCGUCGGGAAGCCCGCGCUCGAGGGCAUGCGCGAGCGCCGUGCGGAUCUGCACGCGCGCGUCAUGGCGCUCGCGGUGGGCACGCUGGGGUUGCCGGAGCAGCCUGAGACGUACUUUGCGGAGUCGGGCGGGGUGGAGAAGGGCCGUGUGCGAGGGCGGUGGGCGAGCAAGGCGAAGUACUUCUCGGUGCGGAGGCGGAGAAAGCGGGACUGGAACGAGACUUUGAGGCUAUACGAUCAGGUCGACUACCCUGGGGACGAGUAUUAACCGUAUGUGGGCAUCCAGUGGGGCUGAGAACGUGCUCGGACUGAACUAUCUCACUGACUGGUGAUAUAUCGAUGCUGUAUAUGUAUUGAUAGGACUACUGCUUGCAUGCUUGCAUGCGCAUUUGCUGUCGUAUAUCUAUAGAAAACAUCUGCACACUCG